AUGCCAGAAGAGUCAUCGAUCGAGAAGAUCCCCUUUCGGCCAGCUGUAGAACCAACAGACACAAACUUUGAUCAGAUGGGGAUCUUUCACUGUCAAAUUCCGAAGAACGCAGCCACAAUCAUGAAAAUCGUUUUGUGCGACUUGUAUCGAUAUUGGAAGGGAAUUGCUUUCAAGUUGCAGUUGACAAAGGACAAGCAGCUCAGUGAAUGUCAAGCGAAUGGUUGGUGGAAAGAGCAAGUGGGCGCAGGAAAGAAGUAUCGACGGGAUUUUUGGCAACCUGGCGCUGAAAAGACGAAGAUCGCAGUGACUCGUCAUCCAGUCAAACGAUUCGUCUCACUUUACCAAUUCCUUUGCGAGAACUUCAAACUGUGCGGUGUCAAGCCCGACAUUCACACGUUCACCAAGGAUAUCUACACGUUGCUGAAAACAAAAUCAGUCAAAGGAACAAACUUUCAAGAGAAGGAUCGUGAUAUCAUUGACUACCAUGCUCAGCCACAAACUUGGUUCUGCAAUUUGGCAGCUGAUCACGCGAAUUUCCACCUCAUUCACUUUUCAUCGGAUCGAGUGGCGAUGAAGAGUGAAAUCAAAGGGGCAUUGGAUGCCGCAAAAGUUCCGGCUGCUUAUUCAGAGCAGGUUUUGAAACACAUCGACGGCUCCGACACAUCGCACGCGAAUCACAAUGAGAACCGAAAGGGUGACUUGAAGAAAUCACUCGAAGAAAAUCGCGAGUCAAUGCAAUACAUCAGAGCCAUUUACUAUCAAGAUUAUGAACUUCUUGGAUUUGAGGAAAAGACUUUG